AUGUCUGCCGUCGAAGCGCCCAAGCCCGUCGACGUGCCCGAGGCUGGCCACGUUGAGCCUGCGCCUGCCCCCGUUGUCGAGAGCGGCAACGCCAGCGCCCCCGUCGACGAGCCCAAGACCGAGGAGGUGGCCAAGACCGAGGACGACACGGUUGCUCCCCCUACCGAGAGCAAGGAGGAGAAGGCAGAGGAGAAGGUUGUCGAGCCCAUCUACAGCGGUUCCCUUGGAUACAAGGCACCUGGACUGAAGAACGCUUUCCGCUUCUCCAAGAAGUUUUUCUGGUUCGGCGAGGACCCCGUCGACUCGGCCAACCUGAGGGAGUACCUCCGUGGUGAGAAGCCAGAGGUCGCGCACCCUGUUGUCGCUUGGGCCAGCCAAACCGGCAAGGGCCUGCUUUUCUUCGUCAAGCACGCCGACCAAAAGGAGCACCCCGCCGGUGUCAUCAACCUCGCCUAUGCCACCGACCUGGCCAAGGACGGCCUCAUUGCCUUCUCCGUCAAGAUCUCUGGCCACAAGCAUACCUUCGAGGCCCAGAACGCUGCUGAGCGCGAUGGAUGGUUUGUCGCCAUUGAGAGGGCCAUCACCGAGGCCAAAGCCUGCAAGGACUCGAUUGAGUCGAGCGAUGGUUACAAGGAGCAGAAGGAGAAGAUCAGCAAGCCCACAGCGCUAGCGGGAGCUACCACUGCGCCCAAGAAGAGCAUGGACGCCGCUCCCAAGCUCGCUGAAGGCGAGGCUGCUGGUACCUCGUCUGAGACUCCAGCCGCUGCUCCGGCCCGCACCGGAUCCUCGUCCAGCAGCUCUUCGGAUGAGCAGAAGAAGGCCAAGAAGAGCAAGAGCAAGUCCAGGAGCGCAUCGCGCAAGCGUGCUUCUAUCUUUGGCUUCGGCAAGAAGGACAAGACACCCAAGGAGGACGGUGCUGCCGUCAAGACAGACGGUGAGGCCAAGACCGAAGAGUCCUCCGCCAUUCCCCACCUCAAUGAGGUUGGUGAGACCCCCAGCGCUGGCCCCGUCACCACCAACGCUCCCGUCAUCACCUCGGAGAUCCCCCAAGCUGGCCAGGAGAUGAAGGACGAGGCCACUCCUGCUGCUGCUACGACUGAGGCGGAUGCUCCUCAGGAGAAGCCCGCAGUCAAGAAGAGGGGUUCCAUCUUUGGCACCUUUGUUGAGAAGCUGAAGUCGCCUACCACGGAGAAGAAGGAGCACGAGCUGGUCGCUCCUCCCCCACCUGCCAAGGACUCUGAGGCUACCCCAGAGGCCGCGAAGACCCUCGAUGAGGCUGUUGCUGGUGCUCCCGCGACCCCAGUUGCUGACGCUUCCGAGUCGGCAGCACCCAAGACUGAAGAGAAGCCCGGUUCCACCCCAUCCAAGGAAAAGGAGCACUUCUCUUUCGGCAAGCUUUUCGGCUCCAAGGAGCGAAGCAAGUCCCCAGCCGCAGCUGACAAGGCUGCUGAGCCCAAGUCCGACGUCGCUCCCCAGGUUCAGGAUGCGGCCGCGGCCAAUGAGUCCGCGGCGCCGCUCCAGCCAGUUGAGCCCACUGCCUCUGCCACCGAGGCCAAGGUUGAGCCUGCUCACGAGGAGACCCCCAAGAAGGAGAAGCGCACCAGCUUCUUCGGCAACUUGAGCCGCUCCCUGAGCAAGGCUACCUCUGGCAAGAAGGAGGCCAAGCCUGCUGAGAAGAAGGAGUCCUCUGCCGCCAUCCCCGAGGGCGAGGAGAACAAGGCUGAGACCCCCGCUGCUGCCCACGUUCAGGAGGCGUCUACCGCUGCUUCUGCUGAGAAGAGCAUUGGCGAUGUCCCCGCAGAGGCUGUUACCGUUGGCGAGGCUCCGAAAAGCACCCAGACUGUCCCUGCAACUGCGUAA